CAACACAGAAUUUUUUAAAGUCAAAGUAAACAUUAACCAAGAGAAUAAAAAGAUCGUUCCGAAUAGGCCACUAUGGAUAAUUUAAAGUACCAGGAGGAAAUAAAGUCUCUCAAAACUCUAGCUGAGCAUUACGAAGCCCAAUUGAAGUUGGUGAACAUUGAACUUUGUGAAUUUAACGGGUCCGAGUUGGACAUUCUUGAGGUGUGCACUGGUCUGCAGGCAGAUUUAUAUAUACACGACUUAAAAAAUUUGCAUGAAUAUUACUACGAAAGGAAAAAAGAUGGCAUUGAGCAUAAAGUCAUAGUUAUGCAACAGACUGCCGGUGUAAACGAGUUAAAGAAUAUCAUAGCCGAAACCGACCAAGAAAUUGAUAUUUUGGAGCGAUUUAUUGAGACGGCUAAAGCACGUUGCAUCUCUGACCCAGAACUUCAGCAGCGAAAAAAUCAUCUUGAGGCCACAAAGCAAGCUUUGCUAGACAGACAGAUAUCCCUUAAAAUACUCAAUGAACUUAACUUAGAUGCUAUUAUGGAUAAAAUCGAUAUGUUGAAGAUGGAAGGAAGCAAUUAAAAUUCUUGGCCAUUUUAUAAUGUAUAUAAAAAAAU